AUGCCGAAAAGAUUUCACCUCAAGACACUCAAAAAGCCACACCACACAAUCAUCGAUCCUAAAGACUAUCCAAAACAACUUACAAACUACCAGGGACUCAUUUGGAUAGACCUGGAACUCACAGGACUCAACCUCGAAAUAGACACCAUUGUUGAAAUCGCUGUUGUCGCUUCCGAUCGAAGACUCUCACAUUUCGUUAAAGGACCAAAUCUCGUUAUCCAUACAGAAAAAGAAGCCCUCUCACCAUGGUGUCUUGCCACCUUCUCUCAAAAUGGACUGUUAGACGACAUGCUCUCAAGUAAAUUAACCAAUGAACAAGCUCAAGACCAAAUCGUGGAGUUCCUUAAAGGACUUAUUCAUGACGAUAAAAAAUGGUACUUAGCAGGGAGCUCAGUACACGUUGACCGGCAAUUCCUUCUCAAAUGCAUGCCGAAAAUUACGGACUUACUUUCUCAUCAAAUCGUGGACGUUAGCAGCUUCUUGAUCAUGGGCUGGUCAUGGUUACCGAAAGUGAUGCAGACAGCAGGAGGGGUUUUCGAUAGGUAUCAAGCUACCGACGCCCGCGACGAUGGUGACGUUGCUUGCCAAACGAAGGCCGACGAUGGUGAAAAAUCCGCCGAGGUAUCCGAGACGGAUGAGGUACCCGAGACGGAUGAGGUAUCCGAGACGGAUGAGGUAUCCGAGACGGAUGAGGUAUCCGAGACGGAUGAGGCGGUAUCAGAGUCGAACGUAGUGAGUGUAACGGCAGCCGCAAAGCGGACCUCAGUGCCGAUAUCCAAGGCUGUGACCAGGAAGCAAAAUCGGAAGCAAAAAAGAGAAGCCGAAUUUCAACGACAUGUUUUGGGCAAGUCUAGAGUUAAGUCGGAGGGAUCAGAGGAACUUCAUAGGGCGAUGGCGGACAUAAUUUCUUCAAUAGAGAAGCUGCUCUUUGUUAAAGAAAACCUGUACAAGUCCUACAAGUCUAUUUGA